GGAGGGACAUAAGCAAAUGUGUCACUCAAUCAAUCAAUCAAAAACUCUUUAUUGUGCACCUUUACAAGAAGAGUACAAACAGGAAAUAAAUAAAAUGUGUGUGUCAAUGUAUCAUAAGAGUUAAUGAAAUCGCAUUGCAGGAUGACAUUCCAAAAUUCCUCUUUAAUUUUUGUUCUGUUACCAUGGUAACGCUGUCGCAUCAACAAUGUUUACGCUUUUGCGUUUAUUGAAUCAAGCUAAUUUUCUGUUACAAAACUUGUACUAAAAGUAUGGGUCUUUUAAGUAUUUUAAAAAAGUUGCGAUCAUCCACUGAGAGAGAACUGCGUUUAUUAUUGUUAGGUUUGGAUAAUGCAGGAAAAACAACAAUUCUUAAGCAACUAGCUUCCGAAGAUGUCACCCAGGUGACCCCUACAGCUGGAUUUAAUAUAAAAUCAGUAUUAUCCAAUGGGUUCAAGUUAAAUGUUUGGGACAUAGGAGGUCAGAGAAAAAUAAGGCCAUAUUGGAGGAAUUAUUUCGAAAAUACCGAUAUUUUGAUAUAUGUAGUUGACUGUUCAGAUCAUCAAAGACUGCAGGAAACUAGUUAUGAAUUAGCGGAAUUGUUGCAAGAUGAGAAACUUAGGGGAGUACCGCUUUUGGUGUAUGCUAAUAAACAGGAUUUAUCUACUGCCCUGCCAGCGAGUGAAGUGGCACAGCAUCUCGGCCUGCACUUGAUUCGAGAUCGCACUUGGCAGAUACAAGCAUGCGUCGCUACGGACAGCACUGGAGUUAAAGAAGGCAUGGAGUGGGUGUGUAAGAAUAUACCAGUCAAGAAAUAAGACCAAAUUAAGAGUAUUCGUUGCGUCAUCAUUUAUCCAUCAUAUUAUUAGAAUAUUGUACCAAGAGAUUCCAUGUUUACGUAUAAGCCACUAACGUAGAUUCCUUCACAUUGUCACAGAUAAACAAAUCUUUUAAUAUUUGGAUAACAAUUACAUAGCCUUUUCUAUUUUUAAAAAUUAUAACAUAUAUAGGAAAUUAUUUUAUGGAAACAAAAUAGUUACAUUUUGUUUUGAUGAAAUGACAUUUAACAGGAAAUUGGCGCCAAAAUCACAUAACCGGUAAUUGGGAUAAGGAAUGCGUUCUUAUUCUCUUUCAUCGAUUUGUUUGUAUGAUAUUAGAGUGAGAGCUGAGAACUACAGCUUGAAACAAAGAGAUACGUAAAUAAGAAUAUUUCUUUAGCUAUUUAUAAGCGGUAAAAUUAAGCUUCUUACGUUACAUAAAUAGCUAAUACCUAUACAAAGCACAAUUUAAUACGCUUAAUGUUAAGUUAGAUAUAUCACAUACUGCUUGGAAGUCGUCGAUUCAAAUUCAUAUUCCGUCCCGGAACGCCCACUUUUUCUCCAUAAUUUUUUGUAUUUUUUAUAUUAGUAAGUAUUUGGUAAUUGUAAUAAUGUUUUUUUUUAUGAUGCGUAUUUUAAAAAAUAGUUACAGCGAACAUUUCGUGCAUUCGUUUUUCAAAAUAUUUUUUCCUUUCUUUAUUUUAUUUAAUGUAAUAAAAUUAAAAUGAGUUUCACCAAUUAAUUAAAUCUAAUGAAAAUAUGUCCUUGUUAGUUAAUUAUUGUUAUCUGUAAUAUGGAGUAUCAUCAAAAAAUCUUUAUACAUGUAAGUUAGUGCGAGAUAAAUUAUUUUUGCACAUUUUCUCUUAGCUAGUCAUGUUUACUUUAAAAUAAUGAGGUAAUAUAUAAUGAUAAAAGCAUA